AUGCCCACUGAAGUCCAAGCAGAAAGUAUGCCGGGCAGAACACGCGAAGAGGAUGCCUUACUCGCUCGGGUCAACAGAGUGAUCUGUGAUCUCGACCUAACGCCAGAUGACAUUGGUGAAAUAGCACAGGGAUUGAAGAAGGAGUUGAAUCAAGCAUUACAUACGGGACAAUCGAGCCAGAUUCCAUCUUUUGUCUCCUGUGUUCCUGCUGGCUCUGAAUUAGGGACAUAUUUAGCUGUCGAUCUGGGAGGCACCAACUGCCGUGUCAGUCUGGUUCAUCUCAAGGGAGACUCGACAUUCAGCAUGCGUCAAACCAAAUGCACCAUUCCAAAGAGCCACAUGGUGAAUGCCAGCCACGUGCCACUCUUCGAUUUCAUCGCAGAAAACAUCGCCAGGCUCCUGGCGGACGACGAAACACACCGAACCGACUCCACCAGUGCCAGAAAUGAUGCAAACGCCGCACCGGAGAUUUUGAAACUCGGAUUUACUUUCAGCUUUACAUUUGCGAAUCAGACCCUUGGCAGUGGGACCAUGCUUCAAUGGGAUAAGGCCGAUGCGGUGGGAAGGGACCCCGUUCAGAUGCUUCAGGAGGCGAUUGACAGACUGUCCCUGCCCGUCGACGUUGUCGCAAUCAUAAGCGACAGCGUGGGUAGCCUGAUGGCACGGUCAUACACUUCGUCAAUAGCAUCAGAUACCCUCCUAGCAGCCAUUUUCGGCACCGGCACCAACGCUGCAUAUUUUGAGCAUCGUGCGAAUAUACACAAGGUGCCGCUCGCGCCAGCUGAGAGGAAGGACGGCGUUAUGAUCAUGAACACCGAGUGGGGAGCUUGGGCCGACUCAGGUCACAAUGCUUUGAAAUUCCAAACGGCGUAUGAUCGGACGCUUGAUCAACAGUCAUCUAACCCUGGCAAGCAACUACUGGAAAAAUGCAUUUCCGGCCUCUACUUGGGAGAGGUGGUACGCUUGAUAAUUGUGGAGAUCUUGGGCCACGGGCUUUUUACAAUGAGGCCCGCCGGCCCUUUCUCGGCUGUUUAUAACCCUUACGCCGUCGACACUAUCCUCCUUUCGCAUCUAGCUUCAGACCAAGAAGAGGGGCUAUCCUUGUCCAGAGAGGCCAUAGCAGAACACUUCGGCGUGAGCAAUGUGUCAUAUAGCGACGCAUGCGCCGUGCGAUCAAUAGCCGCGGGCGUUGUGAAGCGAUCGGCGUUUCUUGCAGGGGCGGCCAUGGGCGCUAUUAUUCUCCAGUCUGGCCGGUUGCCGACAUCAUACCUAGAGUUUCCAUGCAAGGACAGCACAACAUUAGGGAUGCAGGAGAUGCAUGAACAUGACAGCCAAGGUCUGAAACAAUCCGACAUGCAAAUUAAAAACCAGCGCUUGACCUGUGUCAUCGGAGGAAUUCUUGGGAAUGUUGCACAUACAAUAUGCGCAUUGUUUGGCAGACCCUUCCCUUUCCUUUGGACGGGGAUGCUCGCGCCAAGACGUCCACCACUACCCGCAAAACUGAAAACACAAAAGUCCAUCGAUAUCGGAAUCGAGGGCUCGCUCGCCGAAGCAUACCCUGGGUUUGAGGACCAUCUGAGAAAAGCUCUUCGGGAUGUGCCGGGCAUUGGAGUAGACGGGGAAAGUUGUAUAAACAUCGGGGUCUCUAGAGAUGGGCCGAUCCUUGGGGCCGCAUUGGCAGCACACUCCGCGGCUGUGAGUGAGUAG